AUGUGGCCAUUCGGGUCGUCCUACCCGACCGUCGCGGCGGCCGAUGUCGACAACCAAACCUUUGACUACAUUGUCGCGCACAGCAGGCUGCGUCCUAGCCUGCGUCUCUCCGAAUCCCCCAAUGUCUCCGUCCUCCUUCUCGAACGCGGUCAAAUACGCGACAAUUUUCUCUCCCGGAUCCCUCUGCUCUCUCAAAACUACAACUUUCCUCUCCUCCAAUCCGUUGUUCGACACUCCGAACCCAUCCCCUCAGCCAACAACCGGCGCGCAGCCGUCUGGACUGCCGAAACUCUAGGUGGCGCUAGUCGCAUCAAUGCCAUGCUUUGGACGAGGGGGGUGGCUGGCGGGUACAACGCUUGGUCCGAGGAGUAUGGACUUGACGGUUGGAGUUGGGAAAAGGUGGAACCGGCUUUCAGAAGCAUUGAAGGCAUAGUUGAUAUCAGAAAGCCGGGGCUUGAGCUGGAAUGCAUACCGUUUGUUGAAGAAGCGGCGAAGAGGGUUGGGCUACCCGUGGGAGAUGGUGUAAAUGCUGCCGAGGCAAAGGCGCAAGGCAUCAUGCCUUUGGAGCAGACGCUUGAUGGGAGAGGUCAGAGACUUUCAGCCUACAAGGCUUGGUUGCCGCGGGAGGUGGCCAGGGAGCGGAGGAAGAGGCUGAUAAUCUGUCCUGGAGUGGUGGCUUCGAGGCUGCUUUUCAACAAGGAUGGGACACGCGCGAUCGGCGUGAGGAUUCAAAGCGGCGACCACGAACACACUGUUCAUGCUCGGAGGGAGGUCAUCCUCUGCGCUGGGACCAUUGGUACACCCCAGCUGCUGAUGCUGAGUGGCAUCGGUCCUCCCGAGCAGCUCGAGUCUAUCGGGGUUCCAGUCAUUCGCAACCAUCCAGCGGUGGGACAAGGUCUUUCCGACCACGUGAAUCUCCCCAUUAUCAUGGAACUUCCACGCAAACACACCAUCCACUGCCUCGAAAACGCCCUUGUCUUCCUGUGGCACCUCCUCCUCUACCUCUUCCUCGGCAAGGGCCUACUCGCCAGUGGCUCCACACCCAGAAGCAUUUUCGUACGCACAUCGGCACUUGACGAGGAUACUCUGACCGUCCGGACAAGAGACCCCUCAGACCAGGACACCAUGGACGCUUCCCUGGGUCGGAACAUCCCCGAUGUCGAGAUCAUAAUAAUCCCAAUCAGUUGUCUCGCUGUGAACGUCCCGGGCAGGGCAUUUUUUACCUGGUACACGACUCUCGUACAGCCGCAUUCGAAAGGGCACAUCGAGCUUGCAUCGGCCGAUCCCUUGGCGGAUGUCAAGAUCUUCUAUCCAAUGAUGACUGAUGAGAGGGAUCGAGCGACUAUGAAGAAGGCUGUGCGAUUCAGUAUGCGCUUGGCGGAGGAGUUUGGCAAGACUGGGUAUCCGUAUGAGGCCCCGCUGGCGUUUGCACCGGGAAUGGAUUUGGGUUACUUGGACUCGAUCUACGAAUCCAAGCCGGGAUUAUGGCAAAGACUUUGGGGAAAGGAGAAGCCGGCGGAUGAAGAACCGGUCCCUGUGCCAGGUAAAGAUCUCUUGCCUGGAGCCGGACAACCAUCUCCUGCCUUCUCUACACAAAUCACCCACCAGGACUCCAAAAAGCUCGAUUGGCGCACGGUCACAGAUCAGGAGAUAGACGCCUAUGUCUCCCGCGUCUGCGUGUCCAGCCUUCACGUCUCCUGUACCUGCCGAAUGUCAAACAACCCAAGAGAAGGAGUGGUCGACCAGAAGCUCAAGGUCCACGGCGUUGAGAACUUGAGAAUCGCAGAUGCUAGCGUGUUUCCCAAGAUCCCUAGUGCGCAUACGAUGGCGCCGGUGGUGAUGGUUGCAGAACGUUGCGCCGAGUUUGUCAAGGCAGAAUGGGAGGAGAGGAAAGACAGAUGA